AUGAGCAAAGUCAUGCCCCUGUUGCAGGAUGAUGUGGAAAGAGCUGCCAAUUUACUCCGAAAGCGAUACAAAGAAGGCAAAAGCACGGAUAUUCAAAAAAUAUACCGGUGCAUCACGGUCGAUGUGAUUUCUACGUCUUUAUUUGGGAGCUCCGAAGAUCUCAUUGGCCAGAAUGAGAAUGAUAUCUACCCAUCUAUCUUAGCCGCUCUUGACAUAUUUGCUAAGAACUUGUGGCUCAUGAAGCAUAUCCCAAUCCUCGCGAAUAUCGCUCUUAAUCUACCGGAGAAGUACUCAGACAUACUAGCCCCAGGCUACCAAAGUUUCCGAAAUCAAUGCCAGAAAUGGAUUACCAUGGUAAAGGCCCGCCGCGAGAAGGGUAUACUUCAAACAGAUGAUGGUAGAGAUACCAUGUUUGACGUACUUCUUGAGCCAAAUGGUGAAAAGAACUACCAGGUACCUGAUAUGAAUAGCCUAAUAGACGAGGCAUUUGUGUUUAUGCUCGCUGGCGCCGAUUCCACUGCUUACACCGCAGCAUACGCAACCUAUUACAUUCUGACUUUUAAGGAUGUCCUGUUCAAACUCAAGAUCGAGCUUAGUAGAAUUCCCCGUCACGAGAACGGUCGUCUAGAUUGCAAAAAUAUUCAGUCGCUCCCAUACUUGUCCUGCGUCGUAAAAGAAAGCUUACGUAUAGCUUCCGCUGUCCCGGGGCUUUUGCCCAGAGUGGUCCCUCCACAGGGAGCCAAUUUUCAUGGAAAGUUUAUACCGGGAGGUUUUACCGUCUCUAGCACUAUUCGCUCUAUUAGUUAUAAUGCAGAGCUAUUUCCCGAGCCGGAAAAAUUCAAGCCUGAGCGAUGGAUCGGCGAGAAGGGUAAAGAGCUUGAGCGCUGGAAUGUUGCGUUUUCUAAAGGUCCGCGUGCGUGUGUUGGGAUCAAUCUUGCCUACAUGGAGAUAUCUAUCAUCUUGGCGACCUUCUUCGCGGAUUUCGAUUUGUCGCUUUAUAAAACCGAUGCGAAGAGUAUGGAAUGGCGGGAUCACGGAGUGGCGAGGACUAGGUCUAACGUUAGAGUUAAUGCUAGACCUUUCAGGGCAUAG